CACAUUUUUCAUUAAUGUCUUUGGAAGGAAUAUGUGUAUUACCAAUAGUAUUGGUAACUUUAUCCACAGGUACUUUUGUCAUUAAUUAUGUAGUAGCAGUUCUGCAAGGACACGUGGAUGUCAUCUUCCCUUACAUCAGCGAUUCUGGAACAAAUCCCCCAGAGAGCUGCAUUUUUGGAUUAAUGGCCUCAAUAACAGCCAUGACAGGUGUGGCCACCAUAUAUGCUCGCUACAAAUUAAUUGAAAAGCUUACUGAAAGGAGAACACUGGUGCGUCCACUGGUCAACCAGAUUGCGCUGGGAAUCGGACUGCUUUCCUGCUUGGGAAUAUGCAUCGUAGGCACUUUUCAGGAGACAGUCCUAAGAUAUGUCCAUGAUGUUGGGGCUGGGCUGCACUUUGUGAUGGCAGUGCUUUACAUGAUCAUGCAGACGUAUAUCUCCUACCGGACACAGUAUGGGCCGUCCAAAGCUCUCUGCUGUACCCGAGCCAUUAUUACCUCUGUAGCCUGUCUGGCUCUCAUACCCACCAUCGUCUGUGCUAUUCUUGUGAAAUCUCAACAAGUAAUCUGGACCGGAAAUGAAAAGGAGUAUGGCCUCCAUCUGGCCAGUGCGGUGUGUGAGUGGGUGGUGGCCUUCAGCCUCGUCUUCUACUUCCUCACCUACGUCCACGACUUCAAGCUCUUCACUCUGACUGUAAAAACUGAGUUAGUGGAAUACAACUAAAUAUGUCACAGUUCUUCUAGACCUGAAAA